AUGGACCACAGACGCUACGAUGAGGCUCCAGAUGUUAUCAGGCAUCAGCCACCGAUGGCAAUUGAUACUGCCCUUCGAUCACAUUGUGGCAUCUGGGCCAAGCAAUAUUUCGUUGCCGUUAUCAUGGACGACGGCACACCUACGACAUUCUUCAGCCCAGGCCCGAAAUUCCAUGAUAGCGUCGUCCGCCAAUUUUUUGACGCCAAGAAGUUUCAGCAGGUGGCAGGCCAGUUUGACUCUGAUCAGAUAGGAACCGAAUCUAAUGGCCCGGAUGAAACGGAUGAAAGCAUAUAUUUCCGACCGGUAUUUGGCAACAGAUACCAAACCCUUGACCGACUGCUUCUACCGAGUAACAGCGAUGGCGACGAAGGAGCCGGUUACUUACCGCGGUUAGGGCGAAAGCGCCCGAGAGCACGUCAUACAGUCGAAGACGAGGACCUAACGGUGCCAAUCCUGUUGCAUAGGGGAAUACGAGUGAGCGACGCGAGGGCUCUUUGGAGUUUCUACGACCAGCGCUUCGAGAGUUGCCAGCAGUCUGCAUGUAAGCUCAUCGCGAAAGCCUGGGUCAAAGCAGUGGAACCUAAGAAGCAGUCAACACACCCUUACACUGGCAGUGAUGCCAAAGCUCCUGACUGGUGGCCGAAGCCUUGGGGUCCGACUAAGGAGAAUAGAGUCAGACACAAGGAGCCUGACCAUUUAUACAAAAGAGAACGUGUUCAUCUACUGAAUCAUAUCCUGGCCAUGAUUGUGGAGCCCAUCGCAAAGCAGCAUCCCAACGUGCGAAAACUGCAUCUCAACCUAAAGAAGCUGGAAGAGUGCACUAAUGAAGCUCUCUCCGGGUUCUUUGGAGAAACUCCACAAAAUGCUAGCAAGAAGCUGUUUCUCAACGAAAUCUUCAAGGUGGCUAGGCAACAGGACCUUUUCAAGAAUGGCGAGAUUGAUGCUGCCACAGAACUAUAUAUAUUGAACGAUGAAAGAAUGGUGGAUAAUCUCUCUCCAGACAACAACGAGGGGCCCUUUGGUCACCAUCACGAUGACCAAAACAUGUCGCCAUCGACACGUUCUAACAUUACCCACAGCUUUCACCAAACGCCGUCCUCUAAACACAGCCCAGCAAUAAUAUCUCAAGCGGGUUCAUUCAUGAACAAACCCCCAAUGCGGAACUCCCAACAGCUCCCUCCUCGGUGGUCUAUGAUCAAUGACCUUAGCGCUCCACAGCAACCUGAUUUAGUCGAAGAUAGCUUGCCAGUUAAUAGUACCAACUCUGUACACACCCCAAGUACGAGUAUCGGUGUUGAUAUAAUGCCUAGCGCUAACGGAUCAAGUCGUCGAUCGUCGGUGCUUCCAAAGUAUAGUCAUGUGGUUGGAAAUGGGAUGUAUACACAGCAUGGGCAGCCUGGAAGCGCAGCACCCAACGCUCAGGCGAAUUAUUCCAAUAAACAGAAUGGGCUGACACAGUCCUUUGUUACUACUGUUCCAGCAACCCCCCCUCAAUCUUACAUGGGCAACUCCUCUGUUGAUACAAUGACGAGACCCGGCUACGAUCCUUAUCAUGGUCAUGUAUACCACGCUGGAGAUGUUACUUCUGGACAAGUGGGCCAGCAGAGUAACUACAACUCCAUUUCUAGCGACGGGCGAGGGCUUCAGACACCGCCAGAUGUGUCUAAAGUAAUCGACUCAGUGCCACGGGGUCAUAUGGAAUAA